AUGAGUGACGAGUGUGCGAGGUUCACCUUUCCGCUGUGUGGGCGCCCGCCGCCAGCUUGUUUCGCCGUUUCACGGCGCAUACCAGGCAUCAAGGGCAGCCACUCUCCCGUCGAAAUGUGUGGAAUGAAGCAUGAACGAAUCCUCUUGAGGGCCCAGAAGCGGGUGUUGAAGUGUUAUCCAAUUUCGGUCCAGGGUUUCUCAAGCGGCUUCAAGGGCAUCCCUUCCCCUCCUCCACUCCUCCCUGCGAGCAAGAACCCCACUCUCUGCCGCCCUCAACCGAAGGCCUCGAUCUGCGGCCAGUCUUCUAUUAUUACUAUUCCUGCUUCAUACUGGGUGAUGAGGCUGAGUGGGCAAAGGAAGGGGGAAAAAAAGCCUGAGGGCACACACAGCCCGAGGGGGCCGUCUGGGCCGUGUGGAAGGAUGAAACACGCCAUGACCUGCGCCAGUCCAUUAGUCAACUGGACCCUGGAAGUGACCGUAACGUUGCAUUGUCGAGGAAGAUGA